AUGCAGCUUCGCUCUGUAGCGCUGGCGCUUGCUUCACUGUCACUUGCAAGGGCUGCGACAUUCAAGAACGCUGCUAAUGCGGCCGCGCUGGUAGCACGAAGCUACAAUUUCCCCGAUGGCAACUAUACAGUCACUGCAGUCGGUACAGGCGACCAGAUUGUCUUUGCUCGAGAUGGCGGCAACAACGAUGUCUUUCCAUCGACCGACAUUCCAGGGACGUCAAUCGGAUUGCAAGCGAAUACCAAUCUGAGCAAUCCCGUACAAUGGACUCGAAUGCAGUUUAUGAACUCGAAUCUUAAGUGCGGAUCAGCGCAAUGGAACUCGACACUCGGGCUGGACAUGUACUUUGUCGCCUAUGGCUGUCAAGUGGGAACGCCCAUGCUCGUCGGAGGACUAGAAAAGACGAAGCAGUGGUAUCUGUUUGUGCCCGUCAAUUCGAGCGUGCCCACCAUCUAUCCCUCGACAACGAGUGCCGAGACGAGCAGCCCGACAAGCAGCGCUUCGAGCAGUGUCGCCAGCAGCAUGUCGAGUAGUAGCACUCCGAGCAGCAGCGCAUCGAGCAGCAGCGCAUCGAGCAGCAGCAUGUCGAGCAGCAGCUUGAGCAGUCUGCCCGGCACCAGCACCUUGGCACCAAGCUCGUCUGGCAACGCGAAGCUGCCGGUGACGAGCUCGACGAAAGCGAGCACGAGCAGCAAAGCCAGCUCGUCGUCAUCUAGCAAAGCCAGCUCCACCUCGUCCUCGAUCAGCAAAACCAGCUCAUCAUCGCUUAGCAAGGCUAGCUCGGCUUCGAGCCCGCUUGGCUCGUCAAUGACGAGCAAAUCGAGCGCCGCAAGCUCAAGCACUGCCAAAGUAAGCUCGUCGACUAGCAAGGCGAGCGCCACAUCCAGCAAGGCGAGCUCGACGGUCAGUCGAGCAAGUGCCUUGACGAGCAAGUCGAGCACAGCCACCAGCAAAUCGAGUAUAGCGAUGAGUAGCGCCAGCACGAGCGUGAAUGUGACGUCAAAAGCCUCGGGCGUAUUCUCCAGCAACCCCACACAGCCGAGCGGCAACCCCAAGAUGGCGCUGAGAGAUCCCAAUCCGACGCUAGACAGAAUCAUUGGCCGCGAUUCGAGCUCGUCACAGCAUGUCUUGAGCCUCGGCAAACGCGACAGUGCCCGACAGGCCUACUACAUUAUCGUAGUGGACCACUUGCCCGACAUGGCUACAAAGGCGCUGUCGGACUGCACAGCAAUCGCUGCAACGAUGCAGAUUUCAGUCUGUAUCGUGCCGUUUGUGGAAGGCGCGUACGUUCAGCAGUGGUACAUCGAUCCUUUCGGCACAGUAUGA